AUGGAUGAUAAUGAUGGUCAUCAGACAGUGACACGUCUUCACCGUGCAUCGCACAAUGGUAAUCUCGAUGCAAUUCAGUAUCUCAUUGGUCAAGGAGCACCGAUUGACAGUGGUAAUAGUGAAGGUCAGACACCUCUUCAUUUUGCAUCACGAAAUGGUCAUCUCGAUGUAGUUCGGUAUCUCAUUGGUCACGGAGCACCGGUUGGUAGUAGUGACAAUGAUGGUCAGACACCUCUACACUGUGCAGCACGCAACGGUCAUUUCAAUGUAGCUCAGUACCUCGUUGGUCAAGGAGCACUGGUUAAUAACCUUGAUAAUGAUGAUCAGACACCUCUUUACUGGGCAUCACACAAUGGUCACCUUGAUGUAGUUCAGUACCUCGUUGGUCAAGGAGCACUGGUUGAUGGGGGCGAUAACGAUGGUCAGACACCUCUUUACUGGGCAUCAUGCAAUGGUCACCUUGAUGUAGUUCAGUACCUCGUUGGUCAAGAAGCACUGGUUGAUAAGCGUGAUGAUGAUGGUCAGACACCUCUUCACUGUGCAGCACGCAAAGGUCAUCUCCGAGUAGUUCAGUACCUCGUUGGUCAAGAAGCACUGGUUGGUAAGCGUGAUAAUGAUGGUCAGACACCUCUACACUGUGCAUCACGCGAUGGUCAUCUCGAUGUAGUUCGGUAUCUCGUUGGACAAGGAGCACCGAUUGACAGGGGUGAUAAUGAUGAAGAGACACCUCUUCACUCUGCAGCACGCGACGGUCAUCACCAUGUAGUUCAGUAUCUCGUUGGUCAAGGAGCACCGAUUGACAGUGGUGAUGGUGGUGGCAUGACACCUCUUCACUUUGCAUCACGCAACGGUCAUUUCAAUGUAGUUCAGUACCUCGUUGGUCAAGGAGCACUGGUUAAUAACCUUGAUAAUGAUGGUCAGACACCUCUUUACUGGGCAUCAUACAAUGGUCACCUUGAUGUAGUUCAGUACCUCGUUGGUCAAGGAGCACUGGUUGAUGGGGGCGAUAACGAUGGUCAGACACCUCUUUACUGGGCAUCAUGCAAUGGUCACCUUGAUGUAGUUCAGUACCUCGUUGGUCAAGAAGCACUGGUUGAUAAGCGUGAUGAUGAUGUUCGGUAUCUCGUUGGACAAGGAGCACCGAUUGACAGGGGUGAUAAUGAUGAAGAGACACCUCUUCACUGUGCAGCACGCGACGGUCAUCUCCAUGUAGUUCAGUAUCUCGUUGGUCAAGGAGCACUGGUUAAUAACCUUGAUAAUGAUGAUCAGGCACCUCUUUACUGGGCAUCAUACAAUGGUCACCUUGAUGUAGUUCAGUACCUCGUUGGUCAAGGAGCACUGGUUGAUGGGGGCGAUAACGAUGGUCAGACACCUCUUUACUGGGCAUCAUGCAAUGGUCACCUUGAUGUAGUUCAGUACCUCGUUGGUCAAGAAGCACUGGUUGAUAAGCGUGAUGAUGAUGGUCAGACACCUCUUCACUGUGCAGCACGCAAAGGUCAUCUCCGAGUAGUUCAGUACCUCGUUGGUCAAGAAGCACUGGUUGGUAAGCGUGAUAAUGAUGGUCAGACACCUCUACACUGUGCAUCACGCGAUGGUCAUCUCGAUGUAGUUCGGUAUCUCGUUGGACAAGGAGCACCGAUUGACAGGGGUGAUAAUGAUGAAGAGACACCUCUUCACUCUGCAGCACGCGACGGUCAUCACCAUGUAGUUCAGUAUCUCGUUGGUCAAGGAGCACCGAUUGACAGUGGUGAUGGUGGUGGCAUGACACCUCUUCACUUUGCAUCACGCAACGGUCAUUUCAAUGUAGUUCAGUACCUCGUUGGUCAAGGAGCACUGGUUAAUAACCUUGAUAAUGAUGGUCAGACACCUCUUUACUGGGCAUCAUACAAUGGUCACCUUGAUGUAGUUCAGUACCUCGUUGGUCAAGGAGCACUGGUUGAUGGGGGCGAUAACGAUGGUCAGACACCUCUUUACUGGGCAUCAUGCAAUGGUCACCUUGAUGUAGUUCAGUACCUCGUUGGUCAAGAAGCACUGGUUGAUAAGCGUGAUGAUGAUGGUCAGACACCUCUUCACUGUGCAGCACGCAAAGGUCAUCUCCGUGUAGUUCAGUACCUCGUUGGUCAAGAAGCACUGGUUGAUAUAAGCGUGAUAAUGAUGGUCAGACACCUCUACACUGUGCAGCACGCGAUGGUCAUCUCGAUGUAG